CAAACGCAGCUCGGUCGCACGUGGACCGCGGAGCUGCUGCGCCCCGCGACAGAUCGCGGGCUCCGGGCGCAGUGUCUCCGGGCGCAGGAAGCCGACAGGGAGGGCAGGAGAGCGCGCCCGGGCCGGGCCGCAGCCGCCUACGCCCCGCUCCCCUCUGCUCGCCUCCCGCUCCAUGGCUCCGCGGCCGCCGCCGCCUUUGCUGCCCUCCAGCCCGGAGGGGCCUCGGGGCAGCGGACACGAGCACUCGGUCACGGACUAAAUCGCACCACCGCCUCCUUGCCGGCCCCUCUCCAUCCCCUACGGAAAGCCGAGGCGCGGGAGGAAGCAGAGAGGAAGGAAGAACGAGAAGCCAGUGGGAAGCCGAGGCUCCGGUCGCCGCGGGACUGUCGAGCUCGGAGGAGGCUGCGCCCGGGCGGCGGCGGCGGGCUGCACCGGACUCUCGGGCCGCGGCGGUGGAGACGCGUCUCGGUGCCCAGGGCGGCCCCGCGCACCUGCCCGCGGUCGGCGGCCCAGACUCACCUGGCCCCCGGCGCCUCCUGCCCCACCGCCGCCGCUACAGCCCGAGCGGGGCUCCGCGGGCCUGAGCACGGCCGGGUCUAAUAUGCCCGGAGCCGAGGCGCGAUGAAGGAGAAGUCCAAGAAUGCGGCCAAGACCCGGAGGGAGAAGGAAAAUGGCGAGUUUUACGAGCUGGCCAAGCUGCUGCCGCUGCCGUCGGCCAUCACCUCGCAGCUGGACAAGGCGUCCAUCAUCCGACUCACCACCAGCUACCUGAAGAUGCGCGCGGUCUUUCCCGAAGGUUUAGGAGAUGCGUGGGGACAGCCGAGCCGCGCCGGGCCUCUGGACAGUGUUGCCAAGGAGCUAGGGUCGCACCUGCUGCAGACUUUGGACGGAUUUGUUUUUGUGGUAGCAUCGGAUGGCAAGAUCAUGUACAUAUCGGAAACAGCCUCUGUGCAUUUAGGCUUGUCCCAGGUGGAGCUCACAGGCAACAGCAUUUAUGAGUACAUCCAUCCUUCCGACCACGACGAGAUGACGGCUGUCCUUGCAGCCCACCAGCCUCUUCACCACCACCUGCUCCAAGAGUACGAGAUGGAGAGGUCGUUCUUCCUCCGAAUGAAGUGCGUGCUGGCGAAGAGAAACGCGGGCCUGACCUGCAGCGGAUACAAGGUCAUCCACUGCAGCGGCUACUUGAAGAUCAGGCAGUACAUGCUGGACAUGUCCCUGUACGACUCGUGCUACCAGAUCGUGGGGCUGGUGGCCGUGGGCCAGUCGCUGCCGCCCAGCGCCAUCACUGAGAUCAAGCUGCACAGCAACAUGUUCAUGUUCAGGGCCAGCCUUGACCUGAAGCUGAUAUUCCUGGAUUCCAGGGUGACGGAGCUGACGGGCUAUGAGCCGCAGGACCUGAUCGAGAAGACCCUGUACCACCACGUGCACGGCUGCGACGCCUUCCACCUCCGCUACGCACACCACCUCUUGCUGGUGAAGGGCCAGGUGACCACCAAGUACUACCGGCUGCUGUCCAAGCUGGGCGGCUGGGUGUGGGUGCAGAGCUACGCCACCGUGGUGCACAACAGCCGCUCCUCCCGGCCUCACUGCAUCGUGAGUGUCAAUUAUGUGCUCACGGACAUUGAGUACAAGGAGCUGCAGCUGUCUCUGGACCAGGUGUCCACGUCAAAGUCCCAGGACUCCUGGAGGACUGCCUUGUCUACCUCACAAGAAACUAGGAAGUUAGCGAAACCCAAAAGUACGAAGAUGAAGACAAAGCUGCGGACAAACCCUUACCCCCCGCAGCACUACAGCCCGUUCCCGAUGGACAAACUGGAAUGCGGCCAGCUCGGCAGCUGGAGAGCCAGUCCCCCGGCGGACACGGCGGCCCCCCCGGAGCAGCCGCUCCAUGCAGAAGGCGGCGACCUGCUGUACGCCCCGCCCUACAGCCUGCCCUUCUCCUACCAUUACGGACACUUCCCUCUAGACUCGCACGUCUUCGGCAGCAAGAAGCCAAAGUUGCCGGCCAAAUUCGGGCAGCCCCAAGGGUCCCCGUGCGAGGUGGCACGCUUCUUCCUGAGCACGCUGCCAACCGGCGGCGAGUGCCAGUGGCAUUAUGCCAACCCCCUAGUGCCUAGCAGCCCAUCUUCUGCAAAAAACCUCUCCGAGCCACCAGUGAGCUUGGCUCGGCACAACCUCACACCGAACUAUGAAGCGCCCACCGCGGCCGCCGCGCGCAGGUUCGGCGAGGACACCGCGCCGCCGAGCUUCCCGAGCUGCGGCCACUACCGCGAGGAGCCCGCGCUGGCCCCGGCCAAGGCCUCCCGCCAGGCCCCCCGGGAAGGGGCGCGGCUGGCGCUGGCCCGCGCGGCGCCCGAGUGCUGCGCGCCGCCGGUGCCCGAGCCCCCGGGCGCGCCGGCGCAGCUGCCCUUCGUGCUGCUCAACUACCACCGCGUGCUGGCCCGGCGCGGGCCGCUGGGGGGCGCUGCGCCCGCCCCGCCCGCCCUGGCCGGCGUCCCCGAGGCGGCGCCCGGCGCGCUGCGGCCCCGGCCCCCCGGCCCGGGCCCGGCUGCCUCCUCGCCGCCGGGCGCGCCCCUGCCGCACUACCUGGGCGCCUCGGUCAUCAUCACCCAUGGCAGGUGACCCGGCCUGGCCGGACCGCGGCGUCCAGGGGCCGCCCGCAGCCAGAAGCCAUAGGCCAGGCCUCCUGGGCUCCGGUUUCACGACGCCCAGCCGAGUUCAAAGGGGCGAGCUGUAGAGGCACGAUUUAAAUUAAUUUAUACAGAGACGACUAUUUUAAUAGAACUCCGCAGCCGACUUUUAGAUUUUUACCGUAGAUGCCAUAAAGGCCGGUGCAGAGGACUGAGACCCGCCUAGGAGGUGGCUGCCCGAGCUUCGCUCUCCAAGCAACAGGCUUUCCUAAAGGGUAGAGCUGGGCGUCCCGCCGUCCCACUGUGACCUCAAACGACCCGUGCUGGGGGCACUUGCUGUCCUCACCUCGAUGCCAGGCUCGGGGGCCCUGCCUUGUCGCGGGGAUGCUCACCGGUCCCAAUGGAGGAAUGAAGGAGUGUGGGCUCCGUAAACGGUCUCCAUUUCUAAGGAAGAAAGCGCCCUGAUGUGGGCAGAUAUGCAGGGUGGGGUGGGGGCGGGGGGAGGCGGGGACACUCCCUGUAUUCAGAGCCCUUGCUAAGUCUUAGGUUCAGGCAGAAGGUCAUUAUUCCAAGUCCCAUGAGUAGACAAGUCUGUCUUUAAAAGUCAUGCGUGAGUCUCAUUAAAACUUGUUUUAAGUCUUUAAUACCCAAAUCAACAAGCUGAGACCAACGGGGCAAGCAUGCUUCUCAAACACAUUCAAAAGCUCUUCCUCCUAACCAAGAAUAGCACCUUCAGAAUACUGAAUAAGCAUUAAAUGCCAAAAGUAUAUGUGUGUGUGUGUGUGUGUGUGUGUGUGUGUGUGUGUGUGUGUGUGUGUAGCCAGAUAUUUUAUGAGAUGGACACAUGGAUGAUUUAGGUGCCCAAUGCGAUUGGCUGCUCUUGUCAAGUCUGAGUACAAGUCCAAGUCCGUCUGGCCCACACAGACCUGCAGCUCCCCAGGCUCACAGUCGCUACCAGUAGCGCCAAUACGGUCAGAGUGCAUGUGCAAUAUGGAAAGUAUUCUGAGGGCCGCGCUGCGUGGACGAAACCGUGCCCACAGGGUGUCAUGAAAGUCUUCACAUUGUCUUCAGCAAAGCUCCAUGUGAACAUACCGUCACAGGGAGACACAAAUCUUUUACAAAGCACCAGCAGUGUUUUACAACUUUUUGUUUUACUUUUAUGUUUUUACCCCAUGAUUUGACCAUUUAAAAGUUGUAUCUUGACUCCAAAGGGGAUCAAGGCUUUGAUUCCCCAGCUUUGUUUUCUCUGCGCUGUAAACUGUCCCCUUUGCUGAUUUUUCAAAAAUGGUUUCCUUUCAGGCAACACCACCUUUCUGAGUGAAAAGGUUUUUCACGUGUCUUUAACUCGUUCUGCAGUCCAAGUGCCCCUUCAUGGACUGGCUGCAAAAACGUGACGCUCUGUUGCCAACCCAGCGUCACCGUGAGCAUCUGCUUCCUUCCCUAGCAGGGUGCUCACUGCCUUACAGUAUGAGAUGCAAUUUGCAAAUUUAGGGGCACCUUUGGUGCAGCCGGGAGGCUGGGUCAUAGGAAUGGACCCUUCACCCCCAACCGCACUUAGCUGCCCUUCAUGAGCAGCCCUUGGGGGGAGUGCACAUAAAAUGAGCCUGAGGGAUCACGUUUAUGCUCACGAGUCUCAUGACUGAACCACGAUUCCCGGAAGGUGCAGGUGUGAUGGGCAGGAGGUAUAUCGGCUGACAUUUUUCAAUAAAGUACAGCAAAACGUCUUUGUGUCUACCUUGUUAUUAACCAUUGGGGGCCACCUUUAACAAGCACAAACCAAAAAAGGUGUUCGGAGCAGUUUAAGAUCAAAGGUUACUGUGAAGAAUGAGGGCUGUUAGAUUUACAAAUGGUAACAUAAACAGUCUUAACAAAGAGUGUGCGUGUACAUGGAAAGUGAAGCGUGUGCUAGAUAACUUCCUGUCUAAACGAACAGCACCGUUUUCGUGACCUAGAACGUGAAAUGAGAUUCCUAGGCAAGUUGGCUUUGAGGUGGUCAGCAGCACGGUGCAAACUUAACAGCAGUUACUAUGGCAACCUAAUAUUGUAGUGUCCAUCUUGAAGAGUCUGCAUGUGCAAGCUGGGGACAUCAAAUCUUGACUUCUGUACGCAUCUGGCAGGGAAAGCGAAAGCGUUUUAAUAAAUAUGCCUCUUGUAAAAAAAAAAAGGAAAAAUUAUAGUGUGCUCUGACAUGUUCACAAAAAUGCCAGAUUGAAUAGAUGUGAGAAAUAAGCCCAGUUCAAGACGGGCGGGGACUCCCAGGGAAAGGAAUGCCUUUAUGUUCGUGGAAGCCUUUUCUAGAAAAGCCAUUCCACUCAUACCUUUGCAGAGAAGCGAGCAGGGUGUGAAGCAGGGAUGCUCUGAGAUCUGCAAGAGCCUGUAUUUUCUGCCCCGACACGCAGCCCCGCACCUGCCUCCUUUUAAAGUCCGACAGGCCAAGCCUUCCUCCCCUGGGCCCCAGGGGUAGGAGGGGUUCAUGUGGCCCAAGCCCUUCCAUAUCAUCAAGUCUAUCAAAGUUGUAACUCACUGUAACUGUGAGACAGUUAGGGCACACUGGGGGCUGCCAUGGAGAAGAUGGAAUGAAAACAUUUUCAAGUAAAUGCCGGAAAAUUACAGUCGCUUAAAACGUUAGUGAGUCACAGCCUCGCUCUAAAAUGCGUCAUUCAAGCUGUUCCUCAACUCAAGGUGUAUGAGCUUAAAAUCUUAAAACUCCCAUGGCAAAAAAAAUCAGGCAGCUUCACAAAAGAGGAAAAAAAUCAAGAAUAAAAUCCAUUCCUUAAUUUCUUAAAUUUAUUUUUAAAUUUAAAACACAUUAUGCUGUUAUAUUAAAUUUAUUUCUCACCUCAAAUGUUUUGCUUUUUUGUUGUUG